CGUGAAUUGGUUUGUCAAUCAAAGGGCUAUUAUGUUUUCUUCCUGGUUAGCUGCAAAGUGAAAGAGGAGUAACGUUCGGCAUAUUUCACACUGAUUAGUGAAAGGGGAGAGACCAUGUGGAAGUCACAUGAGCGACAAGGAUGAGGAAAAAACAACUGGGAGAGGACUGCUACCGCCUAACUUCUCAAUCCGACUGGGGAUUUGCUGCUUCCGAAGCUUGGCUGGGACAGCCUAGCAGCCCCUGACUCAACCUCUACCCACACAUAUGCAAUGAACAGCACUACUCAGCCCCCUGCCCCCAUAGACAGGGAUGUGGCAGUCAGCUCUGUGUUGGUACCAUUCUUCCUGAUCACCUUCAUCGGGAUAGCUGCAGCUGUGGUGCUGUAUGUGCGCAAGAAGAGAAGAAUUGACAGGCUCCGGCACCAGUUGCUUCCAGUCUAUACUUACGACCCCUCUGAAGAAUUACAUGAAGUUGAACAGGAAAUGCUGUGGAAAGAGGAAGAUACUAAGGUGGUGAAGGGUUGGGCACGAUCAUACCAGCAGCAACGUCCCCUGUUGAUGAAAGAUACCCAUGCAUGAGUGUGUUGGAGCAGGACAUAGAUCUGUGACAUCAAACAGAUCAGUGGAGUUAACCCUUGAGAUGCCAGAUUUGUCAGUCAUUCAACAUAAAGGGGUUUUAGGAAAAGCAUGGAGAACAGCCUGUCAUGCAUUCCGCAUCAUGCUCCUCCUCAGUCAUCAUCUCUGUUGGAGCAUUUACUUUGUACAGCGUCAGCCUCUAAGCUAAGAGGAGGUUGGUUAUUAUGUGAUUGUGAACCUCUGAUGCCAUGCCCCUGUGCCCGAAAGCUGUGGCAUACCCUAAACCACGACAUGUUGGCUAACUACUAGUGGACAUUUAUUUAUUUGAGAUUAUUUAUUCAAGUUUUUUUUUAAUUUUAAUUUUAUUUUUUAUACUGUUUGUCAUAAUGUGGGCGUUACUGAAACUAAGAUGGUGCCAUCCAUCCAAACUAGACACUGGUGUUACAUUUGCCUUAAAUGUCUAUUGUUUUAAGUAGUAAUAUACCAGUGAGAUUAGCAAAGCCUUGACCUUGGGUGGGAUGCUUACUGUUGUACUACUAGUUUUAGUGGUGUAAAAUUAGGUUACUAUGUCCCUCACUAUUCAAUGUAAUAGAAGUUACACAGAAGGUAUGCAAUCAAUCAAUUUGAGUUCUUAAGUUGCUGUUUUGUUUCCCUGUUUGUGGCACUUUGCAUGCCAUUAUGAAAGCAACCAAAAGAAUACCUCCUCCUCGUCAUCAUACAGAUACUGUAUGUUAUGAUGAAAAGGUGGUGAAAUCAGAAGGAGGAUGUAUAGAGAGAGAAGAGAUGGCAAAUGAAUCUAACUAGUCAACCAACCUCCCCCUACCCCACCCACUCCUCCACUAUUUAGCUGUGACUACUCCCCUAAAAAUGUCCUGUUGGGAAGGCAGGGCACCAGGAGGAUUGUUCUUCUAGCAGAAUAAUCUAUUUCGAAGAAUGCCAUAGGCCUGACUGUAUACAGUACUCAGGAAACCUCAGCCACCCAUAUCUUUAAAGAAAUAAGUGACCAGUGAUUCAUCCUUGAAUUAUAUGUGCUCUAAGUUACCCUCUUUUCCUCCUUGCAUUUGUGAAUGUCAUGUAUUCAGGAUGAGAAGGAUGAAGGUUUCCAUUGAAAUCAAUCAUCUUAUCAGCACAUGUAUAUGUACAGUAUGUUGGAAUCCACUUGAUAAUAAUUUAAACAUGGCUAUAUACACUGUGUACAAAGCAUUAACAACACCUUCCUAAUAUUGAGUUGCACCUUCUCAGAACAGCCUCAAUUCGCCGGGGCAUGGACUCUGCAAUGUGUCGCAAGCGUUUCACCGGGAUGCUGGCCCAUGUUGACUCCAAUGCUUCCCACAGUUGUGUCAAGUUGGCUGGAUGUCUUUUGGGUGGUAGACCAUUCUUGAUAUA